CGCCCCCGCCCCCCCGCGUCUGGCGCGUUGGUCGGGCCCGGCCCGGCUCCUCAUUGUGCUCGCUUCACGCCGGCCCAAGAUGGCGGCGGCGCUGGAGAGCCCCGCGAGCCGCUAACGACAAUAGAGGGAGGCGAAGGGGAGCGGGCGCCCCCGCCGGCACCGGCCUCCCCCCUCCCCCUCCCUCCCCCCCCCUUCUCCUCCUCCUCCUCCUCCCCACCAUCAUCAUCAUCGCCGCCUCACCUCGCACACGCCCCCGGCCGGGCCCGGCCGCCACACCCCGACCGGCCCCCUCUAGCAUGGUGCGGGGCCGCCGCCGCCUCCUCCUCCGGCUGCCGACAUGGGCGAGAGGCUGGAGCUCAGGCUGAAGUCGCCCGUGGGAGCCGAGCCGGCCGUCUACCCCUGGCCGCUGCCCGUCUAUGACAAACACCAUGAUGCUGCUCAUGAAAUUAUUGAGACAAUUCGAUGGGUCUGUGAAGAAAUCCCAGAUCUCAAGCUUGCUAUGGAAAAUUAUGUUUUAAUUGACUAUGAUACAAAAAGCUUUGAAAGCAUGCAGAGGCUUUGUGACAAAUACAACCGAGCCAUUGAUAGCAUUCAUCAGUUGUGGAAGGGAACCACCCAGCCUAUGAAACUCAACACUCGUCCCUCCAACGGGCUCCUCCGUCAUAUCCUGCAGCAAGUAUAUAACCACUCGGUGACCGAUCCAGAGAAACUCAACAACUACGAGCCCUUUUCCCCAGAGGUUUAUGGAGAAACUUCCUUUGACUUAGUGGCCCAAAUGAUAGAUGAAAUUAAAAUGACAGAGGAUGAUUUGUUUGUUGACUUGGGCAGUGGUGUGGGUCAGGUGGUGCUUCAGGUGGCUGCAGCCACAAACUGCAAACAUCACUACGGUGUGGAGAAAGCUGAUAUUCCAGCCAAAUAUGCUGAGACGAUGGACAGAGAGUUCAGAAAGUGGAUGAAAUGGUAUGGGAAAAAACAUGCAGAAUACACACUGGAAAGAGGUGACUUCCUCUCAGAAGAAUGGAGAGAGAGAAUUGCAAACACAAGUGUUAUUUUUGUGAAUAAUUUUGCCUUUGGUCCUGAGGUGGAUCACCAACUGAAGGAGCGAUUUGCGAACAUGAAGGAAGGUGGGAGAAUUGUGUCCUCAAAACCUUUUGCACCUCUAAAUUUUAGAAUAAACAGUCGAAACUUGAGCGAUAUUGGCACUAUAAUGAGAGUUGUGGAGCUAUCACCACUGAAAGGGUCUGUGUCAUGGACCGGGAAACCAGUUUCUUACUACCUGCAUACUAUUGACCGAACCAUACUUGAAAACUAUUUUUCUAGUCUCAAAAAUCCAAAACUCAGGGAGGAACAAGAGGCAGCUAGACGUCGUCAACAAAGAGAAAAUAAGAGCAACACAACUACUCCAACGAAGGUUCAAGAAAACAAGGAUUCUGGUGCUGAAGAAGAAAAGGCUGGGGCAAAUUCUGUUAAAAAGCCAUCUCCCUCCAAAGCACGUAAGAAAAAGCUGAGUAAAAAAGGAAGGAAAAUGGCAGGCAGGAAACGAGGACGUCCCAAGAAAAUGAACACUGCAAAUACAGAGCGCAAGACCAAGAAGAACCAAACUGCACUAGAACUUCUGCAUGCUCAAACUGUGUCACAAACAUCUUCAUCCUCUCCUCAGGAUGCAUACAAGUCACCUCAUAGUCCAUAUUACCAACUACCUCCUAAAGUGCAACGGCAUUCAUCUAACCAGCUACUGGUGACACCCACCCCACCCGCACUACAGAAGCUGCUAGACUCUUUUAAGAUCCAGUACAUGCAGUUCAUGGCAUACAUGAAAACUCCUCAGUAUAAAGCAAGUCUGCAACAGUUACUGGAGCAGGAAAAGGAAAAGAAUGCUCAGCUACUGGGGACAGCACAGCAGUUAUUCACCCACUGCCAGGCACAGAAAGAGGAAAUAAAACGUCUUUUUCAACAGAAACUUGAUGAGUUGGGAGUUAAAGCUCUGACAUACAAUGACCUGAUUCAGGCUCAGAAGGAAAUCUCUGCUCACAAUCAGCAGUUGAAAGAACAGACGAAACAGCUGGAGAAGGAUAACAGCGAACUCAGGAAUCAGAGCUUACAGCUGCUGAAGGCACGGUGUGAAGAACUGAAGCUGGAUUGGUCAACACUGUCGCUGGAGAACUUGCUGAAGGAGAAGCAGGCCUUGAAGAAUCAAAUUUCUGAGAAACAAAAGCACUGUUUGGAGUUGCAGAUCAGCAUUGUGGAACUUGAGAAAAGUCAAAGACAGCAGGAGCUCAUGCAGCUGAAAUCGUAUACACCGUCUGAUGAGUCACUGUCAGUACAGCUACGCAAUAAAAACCAUUUGAGCCGUGAUCCUGAGGCUGAUCAUGGCAGGUUCCAACUUGAGCUUGAAUGCUCAAAAUUUCCUAUGCCCCACAUCAAUGGCAUGAGCCCUGAACUGUCCAUGAAUGGCCAUGCUACUCCCUAUGAAAUUCAUAACACUUUUAGCAGGCCCUCCUCCAAGCAGAACACCCCGCAGUACACGACCUCUCAUCUGGACCAAGAAAUAGUUCCAUGUACUCCAAACCACAACAGCAGACAGAAGGCAGACAAGAUGACAAGCUUGUCCUUACCCGAUUACACCAGGUUUUCCCCAGCUAAAAUAGCACUAAGGAGACACUUGAAUCAAGAUCAUGCAGUCAAUGGAAAAGCAACAACUAAUGAGCUACAGAGAGCUGACCAUGUAAAAGAGAAUGGCCUUACAUAUCCAAGCCCUGGUAUUUCAAAUGGCAUAAAGCUGAGUCCUCAGGAAACUCGGCCCUCUUCCCCAGCGGCCUUACCAAUUGCAGGCGAGAAGGUUUUGAGAGAGAGAACCUCUGUGAGUAAUGGAGAAACUAUCACCAGCCUACCUAUCAGUAUUCCUCUCAGCACAGUGCAGCCCAAUAAACUCCCUGUUAGUAUCCCUCUGGCCAGCGUAGUCCUACCUAGCCGUGUUGAGAAGGUGAGAAGCACACCUAGCCCAGUUCAUCAGAAUAGAGACUCAUCGACACUUGAAAAGCAGAUUGGUGCUAGUUCUCAUAAUGGCGUAAGCAAUGCUGCUGGAAACAAGCCACUGGCUUUGGCUACCUCAGGUUUUUCUUACUCUUCUGGCUCCGUGGCAGUCAAUGGAACUCUUUCAAACAGCCCAGCCCAUCUUAACCAUAGUGUUGAUCAGGCAGCUCUGGACGACUCUGGGAGUCUGUUUAACUCAGUAGGGUCUCGGAGUUCCACUCCACAACAUCCUUUGCUAAUGAUGCAGUCAAGGAACUCUGGGCAAAACUCCCCUGCUCACCAGCACUCAACAAGCCCCAGGUUAAAUGGCACCUCCCAGAGCCUGGUAGGGGUAUUGCAAUAUGCAGAUGCUCAGAAGAUGUUUGCCGAAGGAACAAAGGGGGAUCUUCAGUCUGAUGCAGCGUUUUCAGAUCCUGAGAACGAGGCCAAGAGAAGAAUCAUCUUUACAAUCUCUCCUAAUACAGGACAUGUAAAACAAUCCCCUUCCAACAAGCACAGUCCUCUGCCCCCGAGCGCUCGGCUGGACUGUGGCCAAGCACACGCGCAGGAUGGGAAGAAGCGAGGUCGGCGGAAGAGAUCUUCUACUGGGAAUCUCAGCGGGAACUCCGGGGUCUCCCCUAAACGCAAAUCCUUACCUACUGUGUCGGGACUCUUUACGCAACCAUCAGGUUCACCGCUCAAUAUUAACUCCAUGGUCAAUAAUAUUAACCAGCCUUUAGAAAUAACAGCCAUUUCCUCUCCUGAAAACUCCCUGAAGAACUCUCCUGUUCCUUACCAGGACAAUGACCAGCCCCCGGUGUUGAAAAAGGAGAAGCCACUCAUUCAGACCAAUGGCGUUCAUUACUCCCCUCUAACAUCAGAUGAAGAGCAGGGAUCUGAAGAUGAGCACAAUAGCACCAGAAUUGAGAGGAAAAUUGCAACAAUAUCAUUGGAGAGCAAAUCUCCACAGAAGACUGUUGAAAAUGGCGGCAGUUUACCUGGGAGGAAACAAGCACAAACCAACGAGAACAUGAAUAGCAGUAAAUGGAAAUCUACUUUUUCACCGAUAUCCGACAUCAACCUGACCAAAACUACAGAUAGUCCCUUGCAGUCUGUUUCAUCUCUGAGCCAGAAUUCGCUGUUUGCCUUCAGGCCGUCCUCUGAGGAUAGUCUAGCCAUUGACUCCAAGAUCACAGCACAUGCGAGGAAAAGCAUUGCCAUGCCCUCCUCUGGGGCAGAUGGGCUCAGCCCUAGUACAAACUCCACUAAUGGAUUCACGUACAACGGUGGACUGUCAACAGAUAUUGGUUUACACAGCUUUAUCGAUGGUGCUUCUCUUCCGCAUAAGACUUCAGACGUGACAGCUUCCAACUGCUCCCUGGGUUUUCAGUCACAGCGAAGCAAAGAUGUGGGGGUCUCGGAAACAAACCCUUUUUUGAACAAGAGGCAACUUGAAGGCCUCAGCAGCACGAAAGGAGAAGACUUAAAUCGGUCAGGGGUCAAAAACAAAGAGAUCAGCGAAAUAAGCAUUCGUACUGGGGGUUCUUCGGAAAAAAACUCUUUGCAGCAUAACGGAAAGGUCGGCAAAGGAAGGGACCGAGAUGUGGAGUUUAAAAACGGCCACAACCUUUUCAUUUCUGCUGCUGUUUCAUCUGGUGGCCUUCUGAAUGGUAAAAGCCUUUCUACUGCUGUUUCUUCAGCAGGCAACCCAGCAUCUUCCGUUCAGCCGCACCAUCCUUUCCUAAACGCUCUGACCACUGGAUCACAGUUCCCCCUUGGCCCCAUGGCCUUGCAAGCAAACCUCAACUCGGUGACAAAUUCCUCAGUAUUGCAGUCCUUAUUUAAUUCAAUGCCAGCUGCUGCCAGUCUGGUCCACGUGUCAUCAGCUGCAACCAGACUGACUAAUUCUCACACUAUGGGGAACUUCUCUCCUGGGGUUACAGGUGGAACAGUUGGAGGUAUUUUUAACCAUGCGGUGCCUUCUGCCUCCUCUCCUCAUCAAUUUGGAGCCAGUUUCAGCAGCAGUGCUGUCUCUAGCAGCACAGUGCUAAGCUUAAACCCUCUGCAGGCUGUUGCCAGCACCUCAUCCUCAUCCUUCCCAUCCCCCUCCUCUAAUUUAGUAACAUCUAGCGAGAAUAGAUCUGCUCAGCACCUCAACAGAGCGCCAGUGCAAUCUGUUUUUCAUUCCCCUCCACCUCCUCCUAACGUCUCAUUGCCCCCACCUCCUCCAUUACUCGCUUCUAACUCUGAGCCUGCGCUUCUGCAGAACCUGCCGUCCAUCCCACCUGGCGAAGCUUUUUUGCCAUCCUCUUCUGCUGCUUCUGUCCAAUCUGCUAAUGCUUCUUUGUCUAUUAAGCUAGCUUCUCUCCAGCACAAAACUUCCCGCCCCUCCUUUACAGUCCAUCACCCGCCUCUGCCCCGUUUGGCGCUGGCACAGACCGCGCCAAUGAUCACGCAGUCCAACGCAGCUGGCACGUCCGCUAUGUGGGUUACACUUGGCAUGCAGUCUCCUUAUGCUUCGCACCUUUCUGGGGUUAAGCCACGAUAAAGAGCUUGCUUAGCUAACAGUUCUUAUUUUGUAAGGUAAGGCUAGAGAAAAAAAAUCAGGAGUUUUGUACGAGAUGCUGAAUGAUGCUUCUUCCUUUGCAGAGAUAGGGUGGGAACGGGCUCUGUGAAGCAGAGCUCUAAAAUGGGGGAAGCAAUCUUACGGCAGAGGAUGGAGAGUCUUAAUGCUUCUCGUUUGGGAGUCAGGAUUUCUCGACACGGAGUGCUCGCUAUGGUAACUCUGGUCUGUCUCAUCUGACACUAGGAUUAUGUUCAGGUUGGGAUCACUUCUUGAAAACCUUUUUUUUUGUGACGAUCCGAAAUCAGGAGGAAAUGUCUAUUUUUGAAGUAUGUUUUUAUACGGAUAUUGGAAGUGGUCGUUGCCUACUCUGAUUCCCCCUCCCCUUGCCCUCUGACACUGACUGUUGCAUCUCCCACAAGUCCGUGUUUCCAUAGCAUUAGGACGUGUGAAGGCACUGCUUUAUGACUGUAUGUGGCAAUGUGGUCUUGUUUUUGUAGUGUCAGUCAACAACAGCUGCUCUAAAUACUCAAAAGUUAAGAAAUCUCCAGGUUACAAGCUGCAGCUUUGUCUUGGAAUGCAAAUGCACUGGUCUUGCAUUGCAAUUAAUGUAUCCCUUGCACCACUGCAAAAUGAAGGAGCAAAAGCCAUUAUGGCUCGUGUCUGCCUGAUGUAAUCGCAGGGAGCAAAGAAGGGUUAUGUUGAACUGGGUAAGAAUAAACCAGGAAGGCCUCAUUAUCUGUGCACUGCAGCUUUACUGGACUUCCGUGAUAGGGCUAACAGCAACAGACUCCAUCGGAUGCUGUGUUUAUGCUCGCUUUGGCAAUCACUGACUUACUGGGUAGACUGUGAAUGAGAAGAUAGGGAAUAUGCAGGGUUAACUGUAGUCCAUGCUUACUAAGGCAGAGGCUAUAGAAGAGAGGAAGAUCCAGAGUAUAUGUUUAUGGUAUGUUAAAUACUUAAGUAUUUAAAUGCCUUUCAGAGUAAUGCCAGAACAAAGUGUACCAGCACAGAGUUGGGUACUGUCGUUAUGAAAAUACUCCGUGGUGUUAUGAUGUAACUCGUGAUUGCAAAGUUAAAUGAGUAUGUUAGGCCCCAGAGCUUGCUCCAUGCUUUCUUGUAGGUCUUUGAUAUUGUUGCUGUUCAUUGAUACCAAAGUUACAUACAGUAUAUGAUUGAAUACUCUUUGCCGCUUAUAAAACGUUUGACUCAACUACAAUCUACCUGAGAGAUUCUUUUGACUGUGCAUUGUGUAUAGUGUUUUAAUCACCAAACUGUUCCACAGACAUGAAAAAUCCUCACUUAGGCUUUUGUGAGGCCGGUAAGUAUUACUUUCUGGUAUAUGAAUAUCGAGGUGAGGUUAGUAACGGUUCAAUAUUGUGGCCCCCGUGCAUUAUCGAGGACUAAUGAUCUAAUGUAGACUAGCAUGGUGGGGUUACUCAAGAGGUUUGAAGGACCCUGGAUAGAAAUAAGAGCAGGGAGAUGGGGUGAGGAGGUUUAGGCUUUGGGUUUUGUGUAUGUGUGUGACUCAAAUGAGAACAGUGUGGAAGUCUUCUGUUGAAGCAGUUGCCUUACUGGAAAUUGGGGUCGUGUUAUGCUAGACUCCAUACGAUUGUAGAUGAUAGUUCUGUCAGAAAAAGCUCCUGAGCAAGAUAGACAAAGAAGAAAAAUAAAGUACAGAGAAGGGCAGCUGGAUGACAAAAACUAGAUUGGAGCAAAGGAUGCCACCAGCAGAUGAUGUGUAACAUAGAUGUGCCAUAGUUGUGGUCCAGCUCAGUAUGGUUCUCAAACAUGGGUCAAGGAUUUGAGCAAUUUCAUUGACUUUGAUAUGAAUGCUUGUGCUCAAAGACCUCGCUGAACUGAGGUUGAAAUCUGGAAUUGGGGGCUAUAAUCUGCUUUGUUUCUCCUAAUGUUUCUGAAACUGGGUGAUGACCCUCCCCAAGGUAAUUUUUUUUUAAAAAAAAAGAAACAAAAUAGAUCAGUGUGUGUUAGGAAAAAGCUGAAGUACUGAAUGCAAGAACAUUUUUGCCACUCUUUGAGAUCAGUCACAUGAGCUUGAUAUGAUUAUGCUGUCAGCUUUAAAAAUGGCAGUAGCCAGGAGGGGCUGCGUGUCACACUUGGAGGUGUCCUGCAUGUCUAAUUGUGGCUGGGUCAAGGCAAGAAUCGUUCCUUCUUCACUGGCUAAUAGGUCUCAGAACAAUGUAGACAUGAUUGUCGCAUCUAACACGUAGUAGAGUUUGUCUCUUAUUUAGAUGAGUCUCUUCCUCUCCUCCUGUUGUGCAGGUAACUAGGAUUUCUACCUCAACCCAAUGUGACCUAUGCAAGGACAACGUGGACCAACUUCACUCGGCUUCCACUGAAAGGUGCUCACCUGGCCUGUGCAGGGGUUUCUACUCUUACUACUGGACAAAAUAAAAACAUAAAAAGACCUAAAUAACAGAGAAAACAUUUACUGUGAAUCGGAGUAAAAAAGAAAAAAAAAGGCAAAAGAAAUGCUUAAAGCUCCAGUUUGUAUUGUUCAUAGUUUAGAUAAAGUAUUUAUCUUUUUUUAAAGUGAAAACAAUUUUGACCUAUUUUAUUCCACCUAGAGUCAUAAAUACAACUUAUUAUUAAAUUCUCUGAAUAAUAAAGGACUGGCACACCAGCAGAGAUAUAAAGAGCCUCCUCUCGGUGCUAUUUCAUCCGUCAGAACUGUGCCUCUAGUUUGAAUCCUUGGUGCUGAAUUUGGAGGGUUGACCAAUGCCAAACCCAGUUCUCAGAAAGGUCUGCAUUUUAUUUAUUCCACUUACUCUGUUCAUAUACCAAAACCCACUUGGUUUGCAGCAGUGUGAGCUAUAGAGAUUGGCAGUCUUUGAUUUAAUGUUUUAAUUUGAACUGAGCCAGGCGCUCUGUUAACUGGGUGGUUUUUAAUUGUGUUCGUUACAAACGAGAACUCAGUACUCCCCUCUGGAACGGCAGCUACGUUACCCGGGUUGACCCGGGGAAACUCAGCCAAUUCAGGCACAGUUUGAACAGAAGAAAUUCAAGUCCUGCCCCAUUCAAACUACUUCACUGGGCCAUUUGCAGGUGCUGGUGGCACUCAAGUCACUGUGAAUUUUGGUAGCUAGUCUGGUAACUUUGUUUUCGGAUGUCAUUGGCAUAUGAACAGGGUGCAUAAUCACUGGUAUUGGUCAGGCCCUUUUUAACAACAUUGGGAAGUCGGAAAAUAUUGCUUCUGUACUGGUGCAGGUAGCAUAUUUUCUCAGCUUGUUGUUUUUGUUCUGAGUACAAUGUAUUUUGUUAGUAGGGUUUUGAUACUUGAUUCCGAAAUGGCUUAGCCGUGUACAUUUAUUGACUAAGUGCAUUUUGCUUUUGUAUUUCUUUGCUUUAAGUAGGUCUAAAUGGUAGUUCACAAAAACACCACAAUCUAGCUUAACGUGCUGCCACACUAUCAAACUGGUGCAUUUAAUUGUAUUGUGACUUGGUGUUCUGUGUACAGAAAGUGCCGCUCUGAGCAGUGGCUGUAUUUUAUAGAGAUGUGAUGAAAAUUUAUAAAUUUCAUAUACUUUAUUUCAUUUAUUUUUAGAUUGUACAAUGCACAGUAAACUUGUAAAAACUUAUUUAUUCAAGUGCACAAAAUGCGGAGAAGGAUGAUCCAUUAUGUAGAAAUCACCUUGGUCCGUAGUUCAGACUGGACCAAGCACGAAUAAAGGAAACCACAGCAAAAAGGGGAACUGCAACAGCAAAAUGACUAGAGUAAAAACACGUAUAGGCUUUGGGAAACAUCUGCCUGCUAGCCCAGGCACUCGGAGGGGCAGUAUUGAUUGCUCUGUGUCAGAGGCACUCGCUGUCCUUGAAUCCGUUCUAGGUUGCUAGUACUCCCAGAUGAGUCUCAGACCUCCAGCAAUCAGGCAUCACCUUGGAUUUGAGCCCUGCCUUACCAGGCACCUGACGGAGUUUCCUGUGGUCACAAAAAGCUGGGCUUAAUGAAUUAGUUGUGCAAUUCCUGCCUUUGUAUUCAGAGUAGACGAGAUGCUUCUACCCUCGUGUGCUCUCCACUGCUGUCUUUUCCGGGUUUGGGAGGCAGGCUGUGAAUGCAGUGCUGGUCGUGUUCACCAGAACGAUGGGGGACGAGGUGCGUUAACAACUCCUACCCCCUACGGUCUUCUGCUGGGCCCCCUUCUCUGCCCCUCAAUCUAGUGGAGACUUAGAACAAAGUGCAGUUAUUUUGUUGAUUCCUAAGUGUGUCUUCCAUAGGCAGUCGUCGUGUGCGGAAACGGUCGGCCUAGCUUUGCCUUCUUAUUCAUUGGGAAGGGAUUUAUAUCCCUGGAAAUUAGGGACCUUUGGAGCUGUUUUCUGCUUUGCAUGUGGGAGAGGAGUUGACAGCCGUGCACCCCGCUGAGUUUCUUACUAGCGAGAUGAGACCCUGGAAAAGGGAAAGAUGCUCAGGGGGUGAUAGCUGAGAAACAUCCAGUAGCUUCUAGUAGAAGCCAUACCCAGUUUAUGUCCUGGAAUCCAGGAAGACAAUGUAACCCAGAUAUUAUUCAGCUGGGAGUUGGGCAACUCCAGCUUGAUCCAGAUCCCUGGGUAAGUGAAAGUUGCAGAGCUGCCUUAGCAUCCUUCCCAGUGAAAGGCAAAGUGCUCAGGUCUUUGGAAGGCUUUAAAAUGAUAGGCUGUGCAUGAGCAAUUGCUGGAAGGGCUGUAGCCUUAAUUACAUUUCUGUCCACUCCCCCCAUUUAUAUCCCUGAUGUGAGAGUAGGAGGAAACAGAAGAAGCAGCUUUUAAUCAGUCUGUUUUCACCUGAUUGUUUUCUGAAAAGGGACCGAAAUGCAGUGCUCCUUAGACCUCUUGGCCCCUCUUCAUCUCAAACCACUAAAGACAUCCAGCAAGACAGUUUGGUCACCAUCACUACUUCUGUGCAGGGACAUCUUGCUUGUGUUUACCUCCCAAGGUGCUUGCAGGACAGUAGCAAGGAUGCUGCUUUUUGUGGAGAAGGAACUUGGAGACGUCUAAUGAACCUAGCGUACUUUCUAACCUUCAAACGUUCUGCCUGAUGUAUGUAUCAUCCAGCUGGCUCUUGGCGCUCCUCUUCAGCUGAAGAGGGUGACCAGAUCCUCCUGGCAUGGCAUGACUUGCUUUGCCCGGAGGUUCACAGCAUUUCAAAGGUCGGUGUCUCCAGAGCAGUGAGAAUUGCCAGAGCCUUCUGAGCAAAGGCCCUAGGCAAGGAACUUGAGAUUUAACCUUCAGCACAUGUUCUUCUUGUGGAAAAGCAAAAUGCCCUCUUUCCCAGUAAGCCUGUUUGCUCUAGCUAAACAGACAUACACUAACUAGAUAUUUUUAGCUAACUAGCAUUUGGGACUUGACUCCCCAACCAUCCUCUGGGAAAACCAAAGGAAACCAGCUGGGCAUGACUCCACCUGGUUCUGACCCAGGAACAAAAGCAUGGUUGGGGAAAUGCUUGAAAGGGAUUCUGUCUGCUGGCAGCCCAGAAAUAUUGGACAUCUGCUUUAACCUCCUGUGAUCUGUGGAGGCUGGGCCUUCGUCUACCUCUUCAUCACCUCAGUACUGUAAUUUUCAGUGACCUGAAAUUUCCCAUCGCAGCAGCCCGCACUGCUGCCUUCCAGAGCUGCUCUGCCUGUGCCAGUGUCUUCCACCUGUGCCAGGCGCUGUUGGCAUGUUCAGCUUUGCGUCCUUUCAUAAAUGCAUUUUGCUUGUGUGGGAGUCUUAGGCUAAAUCUUCCUAGUAACCUCAGCUGAGGUUAGUUUCCAGGAGUCUGAUAAGCUAAUGCUUGUAGAAAGGACUGCGAAAUGGGAAGCCAGGCUGUGGGAUCCUGUGUUUCCAGCCAGGGAUGCCCCCACCUUGCCUAGUGCUACAUCUCUUCGGGGACUCGGUGCUUCUAUGUGAACGUUUUUGGAUUGGUGUCUUAAUACUGCUUUAUCUGGGAGAAGCUGUCGCUGAGGUUGCUGAGGGAUUUUAGUGUCUUCCUCUUCUCCACUGCAUGCGUCCUUUGCCUGUUAGCCAUAAUCUUGGGCAAGUUCAGUUUGUUUUGAAUCUGAGCCCUUCUGUCUUCAGUAUGGGGAGGGGACUUACCUUGCUUUAGGAUUGCAGAGGGAAUAGCUCUUGGAGGUAUUGAGAGAUCAAUAGUAAGAGCUCCAAGCCAUAUGACUACAAGAAUAAAACCUUUGUGACCUUAACAGCGAGUGUGGUGCCAGAGAUCUGAAACCUGUUUUCAAUAAUUGGAGAUACUUUUGAGUAAUCAAAGCCAAAAAGUGAGUUCCAAAACGAAUUCUUUCUGUGUUACAGUUUCCUGCCCUGAGUCCAAUCACUUCAUGGCUGUCACAAAUGUUCCUUUUCAUCCAUGUUGCUGCUGCCAGCAAGGGACUCAUCAGGAAGUUAAAAUACAUCUUGUAGCAUGUAUGUUGCCAAAAAAAAUUGAACUUCCUGAAUGCUGUGCUGAGCUAAACCUGUGCCCUGCUGCUAAAUGUCAGGCUUGGGGAACAAGCGUUGCACUCUCUUCCUUUUUUGGUGAUUUGCUACCUCUGGCUCUCGCUUGCCGUUUCCAGUCCACUGAGACCCACUGUGCUCUGAAGCUGUGGUGUGCUGGGAGUGCUCCAAAAGCACGAAGCUUAAACUUGCUGUUUGCUGUAGAUUAGUCAUUCAGCAACAAUUCUUCCAUUAGCCAGGGGAGUGUGGGGCACCCAGAAGUGAGAUUGCUUUGCUCUGUGUAGCUGAGGGAGAAAGUGAAGAGAAGUUGCUAGAGGAUAUACAUUUGGGUUGCUCCCGAAACCUCGCUGGUGUGCAAGGUCUUAGGGAAGUCAACCUGUACCUGCGUGACCUGUGGUUUUGGUGCAAACAAGACAGUUCUCUUAGGGAAGGUGCAAAUGAUUCUGUGGACAAUCACUAAUGAGAGGAAGCAGCUUGACUCCUCUUGGUUGAGGUUGUGGAUACAACGGGAGAGAGGUGAAGGGAAAGUGGCCUGUGAGGAAGCUGCCAACAACAGGGAGUCCAGAGCAUCUUAGAUGUACUUUAGAUUUAGAAAUAGAUUUCAGAGUGCAGUUUCCAGCUAGUUUCUUCUGUUUACAGUGGGAACUAUUGUCUCCUUGGCAAGGCAACUAGAAGGCUUUUCUGAUGCUUCCGUCUCGCUCGCUUCCUUCCUUGUGGGGCUAGCUGCUUUGCCUCGUAGCACACGGCGUGUGCUCGCCUUGCCGUCCUGUGGACUUUGAAUAGUCUCUGGGUUUGGGCUUAGUCUGUGUUUUCUCUCUGUGCCAUGACUUGCUGGAGGCAUGGGCACGGCAGGGGAGGUGAGCUUGUAGGGUCUCAGUCUGUGACUUUGCCGUCACCGGGAGUCCCACGCGUGGGAAACCUGGGUGACCGCUCCAUCCUGAGGAGACUGUGCUCGUCGCUGGUUUUGUGAAUAGAGAGCUCUCAAACCCUCAGGCCUUGUCACUCUUCAGCCUGACAUUCGCACAGCUAUUUUUCACGCUUGUUGUGUAAUCUCAAGUCAAAGUUUUUGUUAGCUUUUUAAGUUCUUUAAUCAAAUUGAAUACAUGAGCAACUAACUUCUUCAGUUGAAAUCUGCUGAGCAGAUGGGUUUCAGGCUUGUUUGAUAAGCUCUUCCGUUGCAUCUCUGACUCAAACAUUUCAAAAUCAAGCAUUGCUUCGAUAUCGCUUGACCGUGGCGGCUGCUCUGGGUGACAGCGUGGUCAGCUCUGCAGCUAGGUGUGCUUGUGACUGUGUGCCUUUACCCUGCUCGUGGGCAAGAGUUUCCUUCUGAGAAGUAUUUGCUGUUACUAGAGUGCAAUAACAUUUUGUCAUCAAUGUAUCAGAACAGAUAUAUCUGGAAUCAUCACUUUGCCUCGGAAAUAAACAGGAGGGGCGUGAGCGGGACGGAAAUGAAUGUAAUGCAGAUCUGCCGAGCUUGCUUUUAUUUUAGUACUGGUGCGUAUUGAACGCAGCGGAGGCUAGAACGGGAAGCGUUGGCAAGGCAGGCGCUCCGUGCCACGGUGGCUUUUAUUCCCUUUGGUGAUCAGGUUCUGCCUCUAAUCCCACCCUUUCUUAAAACCCUUCAUGCUGAGGAACUGGGAAUCUUUUUACAUAGUGUCCAGUGCCACUUCAGAGUAAGGAGGCCGCAGCACAGCCCGCAGCUUGGGGUUGCCUCUGGGGCCCGUGUGGUUUGAUUCUUGCUAGGAUUGUGUAUUUAGAAAGCAGCAUCUGCUCCCACCACCUGUUAUUUUUUUUUCCACUUGGAAGAGAAUCUGAGCAUGGGAAAAGCUGAACGAUUGCAGGGGAGAGCAUCACCUGGUGCAGAGCUGGUAUCUGCAGCUGGGUAGACUUAGCUCUUGCUCAAGUGAUAAGUUUUUUGUGGGACACAGGGUCAUUGUGAGGGGUUUGCAGGUCAGCAUGUGCUUUCAUCUUCUCUGGGUUUAUGCAGAGGGCCCAGCUCUUUGUGACCUCUGUGGAUACGUAAAUGGCUCCCAGGGCCUUUGGGAGCUGUGCCUGUGUAAUGCUCCUGCGGGAGGGAGUUGCUGGUGCAGGUUGUAGCACUGGUCCCAAAACGUGGUGCAGCUGGUGGGCAGGCGGAUGGCUCAGCAGAACAAAGCGCAUGUCCAAGCCCAGUCCUGCAAAUGGUUGUUGAACCGAUGGGCAGUGCCACUCUGUGCAGGAGGUUUGCAGGAUUGGAUCCUUAAAUUAUUAAGGCUUCAUCAGUCUGCAGUUGCCUUCCCCAGGUGAGGUUUUGCUGCAUUGCUGGAAGAGGAGACUCGAUGCUCGGAGCUUGUCUUCAAGCUGCCGAUGAGACUCCCGUCGUGGCUCAGACUCAGAACGGCAUUUCCCUGUGGCCGUUCUCCUCCAGCCAGGUCGGGAGCUGGUGCUAUUUUACCUCCUGGCACUGCUUACACAACACGCCCGUCGCUGACCCGGGGGAGCCUUAUCGUGUUGUAGACUGCUAAUGUCAAUCCCAGGUGCUGCUCACGGAAGAGCUGUUCAGUAGGACUUGGUAACUUGUCCUAGUGCUAAUGUGAGGCUGAUGAAGUCCUAUGUGUAGUCCAUUUGCUUUCUGCAUUGAAAUCAGACCUUUGAAUACAGGGUAUGGAAACCUGAAGAUUAUUGACAUAUUUUUUUUUUCUUAGAGGGAACUCUCCCAACUAAUACAGGUGGUCGUCUUCAAAAAUUCUGCUUUUAUUGUUUUGCCUGAGCCAAAAACAUUUAAGACUGGGAGAGUCCCAAAUGAUGGUUUCUUCAAUUAAGGAAGUGAUACAGUGGACUGCAAAUUAACAUUAAUGUUAUCUUAAAAUCAGUUUGGGGAGAAGAAACUAGACAGUGUUUUUGUGAACUAUCUUUGCAGCACUGAGGAAAAAUCACAAUAAUUGGAUUUUUUUUUGAAGCACAGAUGUACAGUCAGUGUACGAAUAUUUGAAGUUCUGUGGCUAACUGUUCAAGUUUUUCCCUCUUUCCUUUGCUCCAACAUUUCCAACUUUUAGUGAAAAUCUGAUAUGCAAGCUAUGGAUUACCAGUUUUUAAAAUUUUGUUGUGCCAUAUUUUAUUUAUCCUUUCGCAUUAUAAAUAUAUAAAUAUCUAUUUAGACUGAUGCUAUUAUUGUGAACUUCAGGGUUUAAACCCAAGAAACAAAAAUUGGAAAUACUCCACCAGUUUACUUAAUGCCUGAGACCCUCUUUCUGAAGAGGUUUUGGAAGGUUUUUUAUAGUUUGAAAAAAGAAAUCAGUUUUAAAAACAAUUUUAAAAUGCUAACCCUGAAGUUCUCAAGUUUGUGAUCCUUUGGUGGUUAUUAUUAUUUUUUAAGGUACACCUGGUUGCUUUUUCUGGUGCAGUCAAAUCAUCCUUUAGAAAGGUCGUGUUUCUGGAGUUAAUAAGGAAAAGAUAGAAUGGGUUGAUCCAUCCUGCUUGGCUUUUUUUAACCUAUUAAUCUUUUAAGCGAUCAAUUUUAAAUUAAAAACCAACGCUUUAGGUCUCUGUUCUACUUAAACUUUUUAGGAGUGGGAGCCUGCCCUCGCUGAGUGGGACUUUGAUGGGGAAAGCAGUAGAUUAUGAGGUUGCUGUUGCUCAGGAAUUGAUUAGUAAACUUUUAACUACUAAUAAAAAUCCAUUUUUCAAUGGAUUUUUUUUAAAAUACCCAUUUUCUUAGAACAGUGAUAUGGGAUGUUUCCUAGUGAAUAGGAAUUAGUUUAUAUAAUUUAGCCUAUUAAACUGAAUUAUUUAAAAUUCAAACUUCCCCUAAUUUAUCUUUUUUUUUUGUUUUGUUUUGGGGUUUUUUAUACCAGUAAGUUGUCCUGUCAUUCCUUUCAUUCUUCCAUAGAAGUAGUGUGAAUUCUUCUGGUGUGUAUAUAUGUAUGUAUAAUAUAUAUAUUUCCACCCUACCUUUCUAAUUCUCCACAAUGUAAGAGUUAGUUUUUUCUCCCCUUCCUUCACUUUAAUUUCUUGUGUCUUUACCUUGAUUUGUAAUUGAAACAAUGCUUUGAAGUUUUGUCUUUAUAUUAAAGUGUAUGUAUUUUAAUACAC